AUGGCUUAUGCUGCUCUUGUUUCAGUUCUUCAACUUCUUGACCAGACAACACACACAGAUCAAUUUCACAGCGUCUCUUGUGUCAAACAACUGGUUGAAAUUCUCAUCGAGAAGUUCUGUUUCUUGCAAUCUUUCCUCGAAGACGACUCACCGAAAAGCCAAUAUGUAAUGAACAAUUGUCUGGAAACAAGAAUCAGAGAAGUAGCGUAUCAAGUACAAGACAUGAUCGAGUUCAAUGUCCUGAAUCAGCUCUGCCCCGAAAGAGACGAAAGCCCCGCAAGAAGCCCUCCUCCUCCUCCUCCCGAGGCUUCGUAUUCAACUCGGACGGUUAAGAAGCCUUCUUGGAGAUUACUUUUCACUCUCCAAAAGUUCUUGUCUUUACAGAAGCAAAUCAAGGAAAACGUCGAACAUGGUGCUAAUUAUGUCGAAAAGUCGACCGAAAAUAGUGCUGACAAAAUCAAAAAGUUGAAUGUGGUGGAUGAAGUUUGUUCCAUUGUAGAAGAGGUGAUGAAGAUCAAGCAAAGUCAAAACACCGAACAUAUUUUCCAGGUCACCAGAAUUUUUUCCGCGGAAGUUAAUUCACCGAGAAAAACGACAAUGGUGGGAUUCGACGAAGAUCUGAUGGAGAUAAAGGAUCAGCUGUGCGGAGAUUCAUCGAAGCUCCAAAUCAUUCCACUUGUUGGAAUGGGAGGAAUUGGUAAGACUACUUUAGCCACUAAUAUAUUUCAUGAUCCAUUAAUCGAGUAUCACUUUCAUAUUCGUGCAUGGAUAACGAUAUCACAGCGUUAUAAUAUCCGUGAAAUUAUUAGAUCACUCUUAAGUUCGAUUUCUACAAACACCGAUAAAUUGAGUCGAGAAACGGAGGAUCGAGAAAUGGAAUUGGCAGUGUGUUUGUAUAAAAGCUUGAAGGGGAGGAAGUUUCUCAUUGUAUUGGAUGAUAUAUGGAGCACCGAAGCUUGGGAUGAUAUUAAGAUGCUAUUUCCAGAUGAUCGUAACGGAAGCAGGAUCGUCUUGACAACUAGGCUAGUGGAUGUGGCGGUUUACGCCAACUCAUUCGGCCCUUUUCACAAUAUACAAUUCUUGAACGAGGAUCAAAGCUGGAAUCUUCUUCGAGAGAAGGUAUUUGCAGAGGAAAUCUGUCCUCCCGAAUUGGAAGAAAUCGGAAAAUUAAUCGCAAGAAAUUGUCGUGGGCUCCCUCUUUCGAUUGUUGUGGUUGCAGGAAUACUUUCGAGGGUCAACAAAACACGAUAUAAAUGGGAGAAUAUUGCAAGAGACGUAAGUUCAGCUGUGACACGUGUAAACGAUGAGCAUUUCUCAUCAAAGAUUCUGUCUUUGAGUUAUGAACAUUUGCCUCAUCAUCUAAAAGCAUGCUUCCUAUACUUGGGAAAUUUUCCGGAGGACUACGAAAUCCCGGUUUUUAAGCUGAUUACAUUGUGGGUAGCCGAAGGGUUUCUGAAACCGAUACUGUCGAAAAGUUCGGAAGAAGUUGCAGUAGAUUACUUAAAGGAUCUUGUGAAGAGAAGCCUGGUUUUAGUCACUAAAAAGAGAUCCAACGGAGGAUUCAGAUUCUGCAGGAUCCAUGAUCUGUUGAGAGAUCUCUGCAUACGAAAAGCCGACGGAGAGAACUUCUUUCACUUUAUUAACGGGAUUCAAUACACGGUGGAGGGCAAACGCCGUCUCUGUUUUUCAAAGGCAUUCGAGUCUUAUCAUUUCGAGAAUGCGAAUACUGCUAUUCGUUCGCCCCUCCGCUCCGUUUUUAGCUGUUAUUACAACGAAAGGGUAACGGGUUUUAGCCUAUUGAGAGUUCUUGAUGUUCUAGAAGUAGUCUUCGAGUCGUUUCCCGUUGAAUUACUGGAACUGUUUCAUCUGAGGUACAUUGCUUUCUCGACGGGGUUUAUUCGUCACUGCACGCUCCCUCCUUCGCUUCCUAAGCUUCGGAAUCUUCAGACAUUAAUUGUCGGUUCAUCCGUGACUUUCGGAAUAACCGACCGCAUGGUAGCUGCAAAACUACCAAUUUGGGAGAUGCCACAGUUAAGACAUCUUGUCUUUCUUAACAUAACCUUGUCUCCUUUUCCUUGUGAAACCGAUAAGGAAUUCGCCGUCUUAAAAAACCUACAAACACUUUCGAGAGUGAGAAAUUUCAGGUUCACUCGCGAGGCAGUUGAAAUGAUUCCGAAUCUAAAAAAACUAAAGCUCGUCUACAUGGGGCGAUCCCACGUGCACAUGUCCGUAUACGAGCUCGAAAACCUCGUACAUUUUCAAAAACUCGAGACGUUGAAUCUCAAAUUCCAAACUUCUUCCGAUUGGUGGAGAAAUCCUGUUCCAGUGAGGUUCGGUCUACCCCUUAAUCUCAAGAAGUUGACUUUGAGCGGGUGUGGACUUUCGUUGGAAGAUAUGACCAUGAUUGGCUCGUUGGCUAAUCUUGAAGUGCUGAAGCUGCUGAAUAUGAGUCUGGUAGGUGCAUUGUGGGAGGUUGUGGAGGAGGAAUAUUCUUGUCUGAGAUUCUUGAUGAUGGAGUGGCUCGAUAUCAAGACUUGGUUAGCGGAAAGCGGUUGCUUUCCGAGCCUCGAGCGGCUCGUGAUUAGGCAUUGUUCGGCUUUGGAGAAUAUUCCAUCUGGGAUCGGAGAUAUUCCAACGCUUCGUGUGAUUGAGGUGGAUGAUAGUGAGAUGGCUGAAGAUUCGGCGGAAGAGAUACUUGAAGAGCAACAAGACCUCGGAAACGAUGUUCUUCAAGUUCGUUUCGGACAUUAA